CGCACUCGUCCCACGCCCCCUCUUGCCGUCAAGACAAGCACAGCAGAGACGAGUCUGCGCAAGCAGUAAAGCGCAAGCACUUCCCGUAGACCCAUCAGGUAGCUGCCUGCGAUUACACUCGGUUCGCCGUAGCCGUCGUCUGGAUCGUCUCCAGCGCACAAAGCGAGCGCGGCCGCAACGUGGCCAAUGCCAUUCCCGCCGCGGCCCAAUGUGGUCCACACCACCUACGAGGGCUCGCUUACGCCGAUUGCUACCGAACCAAUGUGUGCACUCAUACCCCUCGACUCUGUGACCAUGGACGUGCAGACAACCGAGGCUGGACCCGAUUUCCGCAGUCUGGGUCGGCGACGCGUCGCCAGGUCGGGCUGUGCCCCGGAAGGCUCGAUCGGCCUCGGCGAGCGAGUGCGACUCAGCCUUCCGCCGCUGCCCACUUUACGUCCGACGGCACCGACUCCGGCCAGCACUCCGGCCACCACGCCCCUGGCUAUCUCGCAGCACCCGCUGUCUCUCUCGUCGUGCUCGUCGGCUCUGCUGUCGUCGUAUCCGUCCUCGUCAGCCUCCUCGCCUCCGCUCGCGCUGCACCCCGCCGUCGCUGCCCGUAGCAUGCGCCCGGGGCCAGGCUCGGGCUCGGGCUCGCGGUCACUCUCUCGGUCACGGUCGCGGUCGCGGUCGCGGUCGCUAGAACGAGACCGCAGUACCGGACUUGCUGUCCUGGGCGAGGGCGAGCACUCGAGCGCGUCGGCGUCAGCGUCAGCGUCGGCGUCGUCAGCGGCGAGCCGGUCGCGCCGGUCGCGCGCGCCAAGCCGGUCGUCGUCGUCGAUGCGCCACCGGGCAUCUCGCCGCCGCCGGUGCUCGUCGGUUGAGCCGUCAAGUGUCCGGCUGGGGGCAGCGCCGACCCAAGUCGCUUCCGAUCAGGCGUUGCAGGUCGAGUCUCGUUGUGCGGUGUGCGGCGGAAAGCGGGUGUCGCCGCGAUCGUCCGGGCUGGCCGGCGACGAGUGCGACGAUGCCGGUGGCGCACGAUCUGGCGACGAUGAUGACCUUACCCGACGGGCUCGUCGCCGCGACCGCCAGGUCUGCCAGUGCACGGCCCGGCUGCGCGAGCAGCGCAACCGCCGCCGACAAGCCGAAGUCAUCGCCUCGGUUGCCGCCGAGCGCGGCAUGACCGUCUCGGCGUUCUCCGGGCAGCCGACAGGCCCGACUCCGAUCCAAGCCACGCGAGAAGCACCCAAGCUGCCGGCUCGUGCCAUGGCAGCUCUCGCCUCGGUCGGUGCACUCCCAGCGUCUGGCGGAGGAGUCACGACCCGGCUUGAGUCGCUCGACGACAACGUCAUGGCCUGCAUCCUCGCCCACCUGCCGCCAAAUGAUCAGGACGCGCUUGCCCUCGUCUCACACUCUGUGUGCAACAAGGUCCUCCACGUUCGUGCCGUCGACGAUAUCAUUGCCCGCACCUCAUCGCUCACCUUUUCGUCACCGUCGCUGCCCGAGCCGCACCCGUGAGCGAGAGCCGCCUGCCGCCCCAACCCCAUGGUCCCCUUCCUUGUUGGACCACCACUCCCCCUCCUCCGCCUACUGCCACCAUCACUACCAACACUAGCACUUGCAGCUCAUCACUACCUUUACAAAUCCACACACGUCUUGUUCUC